GCAGCCAGGACUCGUUGAUGGCUUUGCAGAGACAGUGAGGCUUGGCGAAGAGCCACCGCGAGAUCCUUUCAGCUCGAGCAGGGAGCUGCUUGCCUCCCGCGUCGCGGAACAGCCUGCCAGUGAGGCGAGCUUUGCAGCUCCGCCAGCGAGGUGCCGUGCAAGUCUGGGAUCUGCCCAGAAGUACGUGGCUUCGCAUUCGCCCCCGUCUGCGAUCAGCAGGUCCUCCGUGCCCUACGCAUACAAAGUGUCUGGAAAGCCAGGCCCAGUGGAAGUGACAGCAAGGAUUCAACCUGCAAAAUACUGGGUGCAUGCCGCUCCAGUGCAGCUUGUCUCUGAGCAAAGUCUCAGAUCUGCGCGGAGUCCGAAGGCCGCCGGCUACUCGCGCCUGGAUGGUUCUACCGUACACCCUCGAGUCCGGAUGUGUGCAUCUGCAGUCCGUGUGAGGGUGGGCCCGGUGAACGCCGGAUUGUAG